AUGGAUGCCUCAAGAGAAUCUCGAUAUUUGCUCCUGGAGGACCAGAGACCCCACAAGAUCCCCCGCAUCGACCCGGCAGCCUCCGCGAUCCAUCUUCCCUGGUCAACAAGGGAUUCACAGGCUCAACAUAACGAUUACCAACAUUUGAGCCUAACCGGAGCCGAGGAUGGGGCCCAAGAUGUAAGCCCUGUUGCUGCGACGCUGCCCGCAGGUCCAGGUCCCGGUCAACCGCUCCGGACCCGGGGAACGGUCGCCUGCCGAAAGUGUCGGUCGCGGAAAACAAAGUGCGACAAUCAAGGGCCGAGUUGUGGUUACUGCUUGAAGAUAGGCGAGCCUUGUGUGUAUGAGACGGAAGCCAUUCUGCAAGCUUUGAACGAGCUCCGAGAAAUCGUCUCAAAGCCGCCAACCGAGCGAUUGCCGGUUGGUAGUCCCGAUGUGACUGCUAGCAGCAGGGAGAGGGUAUCCUUCUCAACUGGCCUAGCCUCCAUCGUCACAUCAACUCCUCAGCCGGCAACUCCAAAUAGCCAUCUACAACUUAAACCAGCAGCAAAAUCUCUACGUUGGACCCAAAAGAUAGAAAACAUUAUCCAAUGGCGCAUCUUUCAGUCGCAUCUUAUGGCGAGCGAUAUAUAUCCCGACGCUGAUCUACCUAUCACCCUGGACCAUUCGAUGCCAAGCACCGAUAUAAGGCUCUUAACUGACCUAGAAUCGAGAUAUAUCCAUAGCGUGCACCUAUUUAACCCCAUAUUACAUCUUCCAACACUGCACGAUCUAAUUCUCCGCGUCGCAGAAAGCCAUUUCGAUUGGUCACCCGAGACUUGCCUCGUUGCACUUGUGUGUGCCAUCGGUGCUAUGACUGAACCAUUGGAUACAUCACAAACCCCUGACGCGUCCAGUGGAGUCAAUUCAGAUGAGUCUCGAGAUCGUAGCGACCCCAGCCUGGCCAUUGGGUACUGGAACGUCGCAUCUAAGCGCCUGGGCCUCGUCCUCGACCGGAAUGACAUAACGGCUGUGCAAUGUCUGUGUCUGGCAGGAAUAUGGCACAUGCUCAACCUACAACCGCUCCAAGCCUGGAAGUACUUCAGCCAUGCUGGAAACGCAUGGUUCUGCACAGUGAUGCGAAAUGGCCCAUUACCUAGACCUCCUGAAAGAACUCACUUUGGUCCGAUCUGCGUCCAAGAUGCUCUAUGCUUCACAAUUUGGAAGUCUAUCUGCGAGCUACAUCCCGAACUUUCGCUUCCCCCCUCAGUGCUUCAAGACUGUGAAGUUCUUCGUCCGUUUCCCACACUUCCAGACCUGGAUGAUCCAAGACUCGGUGAUCCCUUGAUCGAUAGCGAGCGCAGCUGGCUCUACUAUCUCGCUGAGAUUGCUGCACGCCACCUCAUAAACGACCUCCUCGAAUGCCAUGUUUACGACUUUGAUAGCCUCCAGCGGGCGGAUGUUGUGCGAAUGAUACGCCAUACCGAGAUAUUCGAGGGACAGAUCGACGAGUGGCGUUCAUCCUUGCCUGCUCAGCUCCAAUUCGAUAUGCCUGAGGACUGGGCCCUUCCUGAACUAGAUCACCCUAUGAAGAUGGUGUUGAGGCAGCGGUACCUAUCGAGCCUCGAGUUGACAUACAGGCCCUUGCUCCGGUUAUGCACCGACUUUUCCUUGGAAGAUUUCCAAGGAUAUGAAGCACCGCUUCUAAGCAGAGUUGUCAAACUAGCUUCACAAAACCUACGAUUCUCAUACUUAAAGAUCGUUAACACGAGCAGAAGCCUUCACCAGGGCACUUGGUUCAACCUUCGCAGCUUGACUGGGUCAUGUCUCCGAUUCGCUGCGGCGGAGAAGGCUCAACGGGAUGGAAAGCUGGCCGGCGCACAAGAGGUUCAGAUCCCACCGGGUUGGAGAUCUUGUGUGAUGAAAGCGAUAGAGACUCUGCAGCCGUACUGGGCUUCAAAACGCGGUGGGGGGGCAGGUUUGAUGGACCUGAUGGACCAAGCCCUGGCGAUGUAG